AUGAGAAGAGAGAAACAGGAAAAAGGGGCACACAGGAAGGAAGAGCCCCCUACUGUUCCUGCUGCAGUGACUGAGCUCAGGCGGCUGCUGACUGCAGAUUUGACCUUAUAUGGUCAUCCUCAGCUCCCGCCUGUCAGCCUUCCAGACCCAUUUCCUCUUUCCUUCCCAUUGGCUGAAGCACAAGCUUGGCUGGCAUUGUCCGAGCUCAUUUCAUUUACCCAAAGGGCCCAAUGCUCUCAUAACCUAAUAUUUGUCUUUGUUUUCUCUCUGCAGUCGGGCCGUAUUGAUAAGGCCUACCCUACAGUAUGUGGCCACACUGGCCCUGUUCUGGACAUUGACUGGUGCCCUCACAAUGACCAUGUCAUCGCUAGUGGAUCUGAAGACUGCACCGUGAUGGUGUGGCAGAUCCCAGAGAAUGGUUUGGUGACCUCCAUGUCAGAGCCAGUGGUGAUGCUGGAGGGUCAUUCUAAAAGAGUGGGAAUCGUUACCUGGCAUCCCACCGCCCGCAACAUCCUGCUCAGUGCAGGCUGUGAUAAUGUGGUUAUCAUCUGGAAUGUGGGGACGGGAGAGGCCAUGAUUACCCUGGAGGACAUGCACCCUGACAUCAUCUUCAGCGCCUGCUGGAACCGCAACGGCAGUCUCAUCUGCACCGCCUGCAAGGACAAGAAAGUCCGGGUCAUCGACCCUCGCAAGGAGGAGAUCCUUGCGGAGAAGGACAAGGCUCAUGAGGGUGCCAGGCCCAUGAGAGCUAUUUUCCUGUCUGACGGCAAAGUGUUCACCACUGGUUUUAGCCGCAUGAGCGAGAGACAACUCGGCCUUUGGGAUCCGGACAAUAUGGAGGAGCCAGUUUCUGUCCAUGAGAUGGACACCAGUAACGGAGUCCUCCUGCCCUUCUAUGAUCCUGAUACUAACGUGGUCUACCUGUGUGGAAAGGGUGACAGCAGUAUCCGUUACUUUGAGAUCACAGACGAAGCUCCUUUUGUCCAUUACCUCAACACCUUUACCACUAAGGAGCCUCAGAGGGGCAUGGGAUACAUGCCCAAGAGAGGGCUGGAUGUCAACAAGUGCGAGAUCGCAAGGUUUUACAAACUGCAUGAGAGAAAGUGUGAACCUAUCAUCAUGACCGUGCCAAGAAAAUCGGACUUGUUCCAGGAUGACCUUUACCCCGACACGGCGGGUCCGGAUGCCCCCCUGGAGGCCGAGGAAUGGUUUGAAGGGAAGAACGGAGAACCUGUCCUGAUAUCCCUGAAACAUGGAUACAUCCCAGGCAAGAACCGUGAUCUCAAAGUGGUCAAGAAGAACAUCCUAGACAACAAGAUGAGCAAGAAUACAGAGAAUACUGCCCCUGCCGUCAAGACUGCCACCUCCACACCAUCUAUCGUAAGUGGGACUCAUUUGGUUUUACAAACUGCAUGA